UGACGGACAGGUGAUCAGCACACAACAACUUUCUCCACAAGUGUGAGGAGGCGGUUUUGCUUAUCUCCACAUCCAGCAGCAGCAUCACACACAAGGCACAGUAGUUGGCACCAUGCAGAGCUGCACUAAAUCCUGGGGGCUGCUAUGUAGGUCGGUGAGGCUGCAGGGCACAGUGCUGGGGUGUAGUAGGAGACCCCCCUGGCACCACAUCCGAGGGGUUUCCAGGGGCAGUAGUCGGGGGGCAGCAGCAGCCUCCCCUCUCAGCUCAGCCCCCGGCUCCCAAAGACAGAUCGAGCUCAUGUUCCCCAGACACGAUGACUUCUCAGAGAGGCACAUUGGACCCGGGGACAAGGAGAAGAGAGAGAUGCUGCACACCCUGGGAAUAGAGAGCAUUGAUGAGCUGAUCGAUCAAACAGUUCCCGCAAGCAUUCGAUUGGCAAGACCCUUGAGAGUGGAUGAUCAAGUCUGUGAAAAUGAAAUCCUUGAAACUCUUCAUAACAUUGCAUCAAAAAACAAGAUCUGGAGGUCAUAUGUUGGCAUGGGGUACUACAACUGUUCAGUGCCCCAAGCCAUCGUGAGAAAUUUGCUGGAAAAUGCUGGCUGGGUAACACAGUAUACUCCAUAUCAACCAGAAGUGUCUCAGGGCAGGCUUGAGAGCUUGCUGAAUUAUCAGACCAUGGUAUGUGAUAUCACUGGGAUGGAUGUGGCCAAUGCAUCUUUACUGGAUGAAGGAACAGCUGCAGCUGAAGCAAUGCAGUUAUGUCACAGGCUUAACAAGAGAAGAAAAUUCUAUGUUGAUAGCAGAUGCCAUCCUCAGACCAUAGCUGUGGUGCAGACAAGAGCUAACUAUAUUGGUGUCACUACUGAGCUCAUGUUGCCACAUGAGAUGGACUUCAGUGGAAAAGAUAUCAGUGGUGUGGUGUUUCAAUAUCCAGACACUGAUGGAAAGAUAGAAGACUUUACCCAGCUCGUUGACAGGGCUCACCAAAAUGGGACCCUAGCAUGCUGUGCUACUGACCUUUUGGCACUAUGUAUCUUGAGACCACCUGGAGAGUUUGGAGUAGACAUUGCUCUUGGCAGCUCUCAGAGAUUUGGUGUACCAUUGUGCUAUGGGGGACCACAUGCAGCGUUUUUUGCAGUGAAAGAAAACCUUGUCCGAAUGAUGCCUGGUAGAAUGGUAGGGGUGACUAGAGAUGCUGCUGGAAAGGAGGUUUACCGCCUUGCUUUACAAACCAGAGAGCAACACAUAAGAAGAGAUAAAGCCACAAGUAAUAUAUGUACUGCACAGGCUUUGCUAGCAAACAUGGCUGCAAUGUUUGGUGUUUACCAUGGUCCGAAUGGCCUCAAGCAUAUUGCACGUAGAGUUCACAAUGCCACUCUGAUCCUUGCUGAAGGUCUGAAGCGAGCAGGACAUCAGUUACACGAUGAGCUAUUCUUUGAUACGGUGAAGAUUCAUUGUGGCUGUCCAGCAAAAGAGGUUCUAGAUCGAGCUGCACAGAGACAAAUUAACCUUCGUCUAUACAGUGAUGGUUCCCUUGGAGUAUCUAUUGAUGAAACCGUAAAGGAGAAAGAUCUGGAUGACCUAUUGUGGGUGUUUGGCUGUGAAUCUUCUGCAGAGCUAGUUGCUGAAGGCAUGGGGGAGGAGAACAAGGGCAUUUUGGGCACUGCUUUUAAAAGGACGAGCAAAUUCCUUUCACAUCCAGUAUUUAACAGCUACCAUUCAGAGACAAAUAUUGUUCGCUACAUGAAGCGUUUGGAAAACAAGGAUAUUUCACUUGUACAUAGUAUGAUUCCUCUGGGAUCCUGCACAAUGAAACUGAACAGUUCCUCUGAGCUAACACCAAUUACAUGGCCUGAAUUUGCCAACAUUCAUCCAUUUGUGCCUUUAGACCAGGCCCAAGGUUAUCAGCAGCUGUUUAAAGAACUGGAGAAGGACUUAUGCGAAAUAACAGGAUAUGACAAAAUCUCAUUUCAGCCAAACAGUGGAGCACAGGGUGAAUAUGCUGGACUGGCUGCUAUCAAGGCUUAUUUGAAUGCAAAGGGGGAACCUCAUCGAACGGUCUGUCUAAUUCCAAAAUCUGCUCAUGGAACAAAUCCAGCAAGUGCUCAAAUGGCAGGGAUGAAAAUACAGCCAGUAGAAAUAGACAAAGAUGGAAGCAUUGAUGUAGUACAUCUGAAAGCUAUGGUAGACAAACAUAAGGACAAUUUGGCUGCCAUAAUGAUCACCUAUCCUUCAACAAAUGGGGUUUUUGAAGAGGAUAUAAGUGAUGUAUGUGACUUGAUACACAAACAUGGUGGUCAGGUAUAUUUGGAUGGAGCUAAUAUGAAUGCCCAGGUUGGGCUGUGUCGUCCUGGAGACUAUGGUUCUGAUGUAUCACACUUAAACCUUCACAAGACAUUCUGUAUACCUCAUGGUGGAGGGGGCCCUGGAAUGGGACCUAUUGGAGUAAAGAAACAUCUUGCUCCAUAUCUCCCCAGCCAUCCAGUAAUACCUUUGCAGCAGGAUAGUGAUGCCCGGCCUUUGGGCACUAUAAGUGCAGCCCCAUGGGGCUCAAGUGCAAUUUUGCCCAUUUCAUGGGCCUAUAUCAAGAUGAUGGGUGCAAAAGGACUUAAGCAUGCAACGGAGAUUGCCAUACUAAAUGCCAAUUACAUGUCAAAAAGGUUGGAAAAACACUACAAAAUCUUAUUCCGAGGUUCUAGAGGUCGUGUGGCUCAUGAAUUCAUUGUGGAUGUAAGACCAUUCAAGAAGUCUGCUAAUAUAGAAGCUGUGGAUAUUGCAAAAAGGCUGCAGGACUAUGGAUUCCAUGCUCCAACAAUGUCAUGGCCUGUGGCUGGCACUCUAAUGAUUGAGCCAACAGAAUCUGAAGACAAAGCAGAGUUGGACCGCUUUUGUGAUGCAAUGAUCCAUAUAAGACAAGAAAUUGCUGAUAUUGAGGAAGGUAGAAUGGACUCAAGAAUUAAUCCUUUAAAGAUGUCACCCCACACACUAACUUGCAUUGCGUCUUCUAAUUGGGACCGCCCAUACACGCGAGAGGUGGCUGCAUUCCCCUUGCCUUUUGUUAAACCAGAUAGUAAAUUCUGGCCCACAAUUGCUCGGAUCGAUGACAUCUAUGGCGACCAACAUUUGGUGUGUACUUGUCCUCCCAUGGAGGUGUAUGAAUCUCCUUUCAGUGAACAGAAAAAAGCAUCGUCGUUGUAGUGCGGACCCCUUUUUUAUUUUUGAGUGACUGCCAAUUCAAGACUGCCAUUCAGGCCAGUUAACGGCAGCAGUUUUUCUUACACUUCAGAGGAGGAGCAUUGUGUAAAUAUUUUAAAUCUGAUGUUCUGCAUACUGUUGAAUGACUAUCCUCUCCAUAACCCUGUGGAAGAAAUAUGAAGUAGCAAAAUCUAUUCAGGCAAUGGUAUUUAGUAAUCCUUGUUUACGUUACCACUGGAAACGCAAUAAAGGUUAUUAAAUCAAGGUUUACACUUCAACUGCUUAAUCAUUUGUGAGGAUGGCAACGUUUGGAAAUAGUUUACAUCUGCAGGAAUAUUUUUCAAUUAUAAAGCAGCAGAGUUGUUUCUUAUGAAGUUCUGGACAAAUGUACCACAGUCAGAUGGUUUUAUUGUGUACACAUGUUUUAAACAGGGCAAUUGUGAAUAUUAUUUUUUUUAUAAAGGUGGGACAUUUGUGGAUGAAACUCAUAUAUACCUGUUUAAAUAUACAAAUUUGCUUCAAAUCUCAUGCAAGGAUUUGGGCAAAUCCAGAUCACUUUAUUUCUUGCUAUAAAGUUGCCGGGAGAUUUAAACCGGUAUCCUACCACUAAUCAAACAUCGUAUUUAUUAUUUUAAAUGUUACUGUCAAUUAAAUAAUAUAUCCUGGAUGUCGCCCACAUGUCAAGUUUUGAUCGGUCAAGAGCUCAGUGCUCAGAACCCCACUGAUCUCUAGCUAUAGGUAGGAGAAGCACACAGCACCAGCCCAGCACAGUCUCUCUCUUCCAAUGAGAGAUGCUGUUAGGCUAUGUUCACAUGCCAAAAUUUCUGCAUGAAAUUCCGCAAGAAAAUUCUGCAUGAAUUUAUAGACAAUACACUUGAAAAAGGAAAUUCUGCUGUGUGAAUGGGACAGCAAAAUUCCAUUGAAGGGAAUGGGCAAUUAAUUUCUGCAGAAUUCUGUGCAGAAAUAUUGCCAUGUGAACAUAGCCUUAUAAGUCUAUGGAGCCCCUCUACUGCAAUGAGACCAACUGAACAGCAGGCCAUGAAGUCAAGCCCACUACCAUAGGGAUUUAAGCACGGAGACAAAUUAAAACUUUUGACAUGUAACACAGACAAGUGUGUGUUUUUUUUUUUGGUUUUUUUUUUUUUUUUUGGGGGGGGGGGGGGAAUUUACAGUAACUCUUUACCACUACUUCUUCCCCAGUGUCCUACUCAGAGGUCUGGCAACAUUUGUUGAGCUGCAUUAGCUAUCCCUGUAAAUUUCUCCUAUAACGAAAAAGGGUGUUCUUUCCACAUUUUAUAAAAGAUCAGUCAAUAUUUAUUUUUACUCAUGCAUACUAAAAUCAUGUAGAGCUGUGGUUUAGCUGCACUGUUUUACCCCAUAAUCAGUAUACAAACUAACAUUAUCCAUAAAUAGUUUAGGGUGCCCUGGUCACACACACACUUUUAAAUAAUCCAUGCCACAUCUGUGCAUUGGCUGUCUAACGUUGCAGCUCAUAUAUCAAGCAAGUACGGUAUGUUGAAAUUCAAGGGGCUUAGCAAGAUUAAAUAUUUCUAGGCUUAAAAAAAAAAAAAAAAAAAUCCAAAAGUAUACCUGCAUCUGAACAUGUAUGCAAAAGAGUAACAUUUCAACAAUGCAUCAACAAUAUAGGUUAUGCAAAGUUCACAUUGCCAUUGUACUCUGUCCCUUUUUGGGUCACCCCAACGGAUCCCAUUGACUUGAAUAUGGUUCAUCUGAUCAGUUUUUUUUACUGGAGGUUGGUGUCUUUUUUAUAAUAUUAUUAUAUUUUAUUUUUUCUCCACUAAACAAAUUCCUGUCAUUUUGACUGACUGAGCUCAAUGACUGCAAUGCAAACAAGCCAUUGCCUAAAAAUUUUUGCUAAAUGGGUUGUAUUUUUUGUAUGGAGGAAUCAAACCGGAUAUUUUCAGUAGCCUAUAUUUUAAGUGAUAAAAUCUGUUGAUAUAUGUAGAUUCUGUGGUAAAUGUUUACAUUUUUGUACUUUAAUUAUAAACCUUAGUUUAUCAUCCUUUUUUAUCAUAUUUGUUUUUUUAAUGUUGUUGCAUGUUUCUUUUCCUGUUUUUACUAUUCACUUUUCAAUAUCAAUAAAAUGUAAUUUUGU